AUGGAUUCACAAGCUUUUGGAUUCGAUUUAAUAUCACAACCACAAUUAACUCAGGUUUCUUUAUCACAGCAGCAGCAACAAGAGGAACAACAGAAACAGCAAGAAGCAAUUGCUACAACUUUAAUACAACAUUCACAAUCAAAUAUUUCAUUAAAUAGUUUAUCAGCUACUAAUAAUACUCCACCUGCUCAAGCAAUACUAUUAGAUAAUAAUAAUUCAAAUCAACAACAAUCUACAGUAAUUGACAAUACUUCUACAACUCAUUUAUCUAAUCCAAUUUUGGUAAAUCAUCAAGAUCAACUCCAUGCUGCAAUCGUUGUAAAUAAUUCUAAUCAAAACACUUUAGAUUCCUCAAAUCAAAAUCAAGUUCCAAUCGGAAACAUCCCUCAAAACGUUACAAUACCAGCCUCCUUAAUACAUCACCAUGAUAAUCCUAACAUAAUAGAACAACAUCAAGCUCUAGUCUCUCAAACUGAUCAACAGAAUCAAUUGACGCUUUCAUCUGUUCCUGCUACAAAUCAAAAUCAGGUUAUAUUGUCAAAUAAUGAAGAAUCUUCUGUACAAGCUAUAAUAAUCGCAGUUCAGGCUCAAGUUCAUUCUGAUCCUCAAAAUGCUGUUGCUAAAGUACAAGCCCAAGCUGCAGCCGCUGUCGUUGCUGCUCAGUAUCAGGCAGAAGCUCAGGUUCAAGAAGCCCAAGUUCAAGCAGCUCAAGUAAAAGCUCAGGUACAAGCUCAGGUUGAAGCUGCUAAAUAUGCUGCCGCCGUUGUUGUUGCCCAGGCUCAAGCACAGGCCGAUGCUCAGGUUCAUGCUGAUCCCGAAGCUGAAGCUCAAGUAAAAGCACAAGUGGAGGCUACUAGAUACGCGGCAGCAGCAGCAUUUGCUCAAGUACAAGCACAAGCCGCCCAUGUUGAAUUAAGAAUACAAGAACAAGUGGACGUUGCUACUCAAAUAGCUGUUGCCCAAGUUCAAACCGAGGUUCAAGCUGCUCAAAUGGCCGUUGCUCAAGUAACAGCAGAAUGA